AUGCAAAGAGCACUGAAUAUUCCCUUAUCAAAGAACUUUCAAGUUGUAGUUUUGCACUUCCAACAUACCUCACAAGCAAGGGAUGCCAGUAACCAGAUGCAAGGAAGGGCUGUGAAUUACAGCAAAAAAUUCACAAGCUACAAAUUUGUUGCCAUCAUGCAUCUGUUACUUGACAUCGUAGAUGCACUUUCCAAAGUGAGUCUUAGCUUCCAGGAGGAUGGAAUAACAAUCUCAAGAGUUCAAGAUAACUUAACUGCCCUUUUAGCAAACUUGAAUCUUUCAAGGAAAGACCUGGUCAGCAACUAAACUCUUUCCUUACGGAAGUAGGGGAUGGCAACACAUUUAAGGGCACAGAGCUUCAAAGGGAUGCAGACAGGCAGGCUAUUAAUGCUAUCCAGGCAUCUGCGGUGAAUGCUGCCAUGACAUUCAUCCAAGAGAGGUUUGAAGGGACGGAAACAGAUCCAGUAUUGUCAGCAGCAGCUGUCUUGACAAACUACCGAGGUUGGCCAGUUACAGACAGACAUCGGCUGCUCUUACAUGGAAAAAAUGAAAUUCAGACACUACAUGGUCAUUUUCAGGUACCUCUAGAGCAGCACAACGUCAGUCUGCAUGACUGUCUUGAUGAAUGGAUGAGUCUGAAAUUCCAUGUACAGCGAGUUAGAGCAGAACUUGAACUCAGGCAAAGCGAAUUCUGGAAGAACAAAUUUAUGUUUUGCAAAGAUGAUUAUCCAAACCUGCUAAUUUUAGUGGAACUAUGUCUUGUAAUUCCUUGCCAGACUGCUUGCUGCGAGCGGGGGAACUCUUGCAUGAACAGAAUCAUG